AUGAAUCUGACCGGCAACUUUGGACUUACCGGUUCAUCCCCACCAUCCAUCCUCGGUAUCAUCAACGGCAAAUACAGUCGAUUACCCCAGACUCGGACCCGCAUUGUCGAAGAGUUUGAGAUCAUUCCAUUACUCAACGAUUUGCAAGGUUACCUCAAAAAGCUCGAAGAGGAUAGCAGACAGCUUCAGGCCAUCACAACCCACAACCAGACUCCAGAAACCAACCCGACAUUCACUCCCUUCGAUGACCAGGAAGUCCAAGCUGAUGCCCCUCCGUCUCUUUCAAAAGAAGAAAGCAACCUGUUCAAUCCACUCUUCGACCGACAACCCGAAAAGCCCAUCCAUGAACGAUCCUCAGAACCAGGCUUCAUCGGCGAAGCCUCGUGUGCUGCCUUCAGCAACAGACUUCUAUCAUGUCUCGACGAUACCUAUACCCCAUCGACAGCUGGCCUGUCAAACUAUCAUCGAAUGAACACAUAUGGGAGACUGCCAGUAGAUCAAGGACCGGAAUUUCCAGAACGGAUGCACGUCAAGUUGCUUCUUAACGUUGCUAGACGAUUCAUUGGGAACUACCAUCCACUGUUUCUGAAAGUUACGUUCAUGAAAGAGAUUGAUGCUGUUUAUAGAAGGGAGGUAGUACCAUCAGCGCUAUGGCUGUCUAUGCGUCUCGCUCAAAGUCUCGGCAUGCACAGAUCUGCAUCAAGACAUACCACGCUCACGCCUGUUGAACGAGAGAGUCGAAGGCGAACAUGGUGGGUGCUUUACUUCUUCGACCGGUUUUCAGCAUCAAAGCUUGGCCAACCUAUCACUGUCCGAGACGAUGAUAUUGAUGUUGAGAUGCCAAGCAUGGAUGGUCUGACAAAGGACGAGAUGGCGGAGUUUCUUGACCCGCAAAAUCUCAUUACUAAUAUUAAGCUUGCUAAGAUCAUUGGAAAUAUCUCUACGAACGGUCUCUAUAUACAGCAAGUCCAUGGCAUCUUAAAACAGCUUCGAGAAUGGCACGACGAGCUACAACCAGACAUGCGCGUCAAAGAGCGAGGUACUCCUAGACCCGUCGCAAGCCUUCACCUUGCGUACAAUCAAUGCAUUAUACAAACAACCCGCCCCGUUCUGCUUCACCUGUUUAAGACACAGUUUCAGCUAGGCAAUAAAGCGAGAGAAGAUGCAUUGCCACGACAGAAUUUCUCUUCUAUCACUCUUGCUUUAGCAGAGAGCUGUGUCAAUGCUGCGCAAGCAUCAAGCCGUAUCGUGGAAGGCCUCUUCCUAGAUGGUAGCAUUGCGACCUUUGGAUACUGGGACGCACAUCACAUAUUCUCAGCAGCUAUGAUUCUCAUCAUGUCAGCGGUCAUGAAACCCACAGCCGUUAACUCAGAUCAUCUUGAGACCUUACUGAGUGUUUUGCGAUCCCUGAAGAAUGAUGGAAACAUCCCAGCCGUCGACUUCUGUGAAAGGCUAUCAGACAUCCAAGCCCGGGUGUUGAACCUGAGGGCAACAGGUCGUUUGGACGGCAUGUGCUUCGAUAGACCCCCGAUGAUUACCCAUACACCCAGCUCUCUGCCAAAGGAAGUUCCACAAGCUCAGGACCAAGCUUUCCAAACACCAAUGAGUAUGGAUAAUGGCUCUGGGAUUUCUUCAGAGUUUAAAAUUUCUAUUGAUUUAAUAUAUCUCCGACUCUCAGCUCGCUUCGACAACUGCUACACUUUGAUGCAACUGGGCAGUUGCCUCGAAGAUGCAAAGAUUCCAGGGACGCAAUGCAUCGGCUUGCUACAACUGUCAUCGCCAAAAGGUCAAAUGCACUGGGGUAUAAUACCCAUGCCGGAAACAUACCUACGGAACCUGGACCGCUCACUGAACGAACUGACCGACGCAAUCCGCACGCAUCGGUUUCACCAUGCUGACCCCAUCUCAGCUAGCAAUCCUUGGACUCAUGAUCGGAGACCCGUUACUCAAUGCCAUUCCCAGCCAGAGUACUCGGCUAGACGAGGUGCUCCCGAUUCGCUGGUCGAAGAUUCGACCGUGGAGGCUUUCAUCCGCAGGCUGCGUGAGGCCGUGGGCCAAGAAACCAACCACGCCACACCUAUCCCACCACGAGAUCACGGAGAGGAGAGAUCAGCAACGUUGCUGUCUGACCCCGAUCCACCUUCAGUGAGCAGGGAAAGCCUGUCGCUGCCCCCGUACGAAUACGCAACGCAGCUAGUGGCCAGAGCAGAACAAGAGUUCGGUGACUGCCACACCUUUCUUCGCAAGUCGUUUUUAAGGCGGUUUCAUGCCACAUACCGUGGCCAGCAGUCUGAGACCUAUGAUAGGAAAUGGCUAUGUCGCCUCUUCUUCGUUUUGGCGCUCGCGGAAUGUACAACAACCACUAAACAGCCGAUCCAGCUUACCUCAGACAAAACAGUGGUCCCGGCGACCCAAAUGGAAGGGUUUGCUCCAUCAGAAAACAUGCUGUCUUCUGGAGUGGAGCUUUUCGAGCACGGCCUCUCGCUGCUCAACAUAUCCUAUGAGGAACCCACCGUCGACGAUGUGGAGGCUUUGAACUUGGCAUCCCACUGCUGCUACAUCCUUAACCGCCGCAUGUCUGCCUAUGCGUACGCCGGACAGAGCGUACGACUAGCCCAUUGCUUGGGACUGGAUCAUCCAGCACCUACGUCCCUGUCCAAACUGGAGCAGGAACACAGGAAGCGGGUCUGGUGGACUGCUUUCUGUGUGGACCGAAUGAUCAGCACAGAGCUUGCUUUGCACCCUGCAUAUACUGGUCUUGGCCAAGAGCUUGGCUAUCCAGACUCUUCUGGCUUGACAGCUGAAGAAGAGGAAGAGUUCUUUGACCCAGUCUUAUUGACAGCAUUAAUUAAGUUAUGCGAGAUCAAGACAGAUGUUGUGAACACUGUCAGUCGGCUCAAGCAUAAAGAUAUCACAGAGCCAUAUCAAGUCUUGCGUCAAUGUCUACAAGGAUUAGACCGAUGCGGGAGAGAAUUGCCCGAGAGAGUGUUUUCUGGGGGCAGCUCGCUCCCAGAGAACCGCAUAUGCUCGUCUCUUGCGCUGCGCUACCAUCAGCUUUACACUAUCAACAACAUUUGUCUUCAAGCCGCGCGAAGCAAUGCCCGAAUUCUGCUCGAGCUGGCCCAAGCAGGAGAGCUCGUGAGGUACGGCUAUUGGGACUCAGCUCACCUCUUCUCGAGCCUCGCUAUCCUCACUAUCGCUCAAUCCAUGCGCAACAAUCAGCCCGACGCCUUUAGCUGCACCAGAGAGGACAUGUCGCGCGACGCGGACACGUAUAGCAAAGGGCGGAAUGUACUCGUGCACAUGGCGUCCACAGGGAACAUGGCAUCAAGGCAGCAUCUCAGCAUGCUUGAAGAGGUCGAACGUCACGGCACUGUUCUGUCAGCGCUGACGGCCAGGGACGAUGCGCUGCCGGUGGCGUCAUCGUCGUCGGGAGAGGUGACCACGGAGAUGGAGCUGGAUUUUGAGUGGUGGGCGUCGUUGAGUAGCAUGUCUGCCGAGGCUGCUAGUGGUACUGGAAGCGAUCCAUUUGCUUUCCUAUAA